GGUGAGAGAUGGCUACCUUGUCUCUGCAACUCCCUCUCUUCUUCUCUCUGCUGAGAAGAGCCUCGAAAACAGUGAAACGCUUCCAUUGCCGCUCAUCCUCAACUCAACCGUUAAGUUCAACCGCCCAAUCACGUGUAUGGCACCCUCUUCGGAAGAAAAAAGUUGUUAUGAGAGUUGGUUAUGUCGGCACCAAUUACCGAGGCCUGCAAAUGCAGCGAGAUGAAUGUUCACCACUAUCAACCAUUGAAAAGGAGCUGGAAACUGCUAUAUACAAGGCCGGUGGCAUCCAUGACAAUAAUUUCGGGAAUCUGGAGAAGAUUGCGUGGGCCAGAAGUAGCCGAACUGACAAAGGGGUUCACUCUCUGGCAACAAUGAUAUCCUUUAAAAUGGAAAUCCCAGAAAACCCUUGGGAUGAAGAUCCUUAUGGUUUUUUCCUUGCAGCUUAUAUUAACUAUUAUCUUCCUCGUGAUAUCAAAGUUUUUAGUAUUUUGCCUGCGCAACGGAGUCUUGAUACGAGGGGGGACUGCAUUUUGAGGAAGUAUUCCUACCUCCUUCCUGCUGAAAUUAUCGGUAUCGAAAGUCAUUCUAGCAAUGAUGAAAUUGAUAACCACAUAUCAGAGUUCAAUUAUAUUCUUAAUGAAUUUGAGGGGGAGCAUCCUUUCCAUAACUAUACUGCUAGGUCCAAAUACAGGAAAAAGUUCCCACAUACGCAAUCAUUGUCAACAAGUGCAAGUUUAACAGCUUCCGAGUCAGAAAAUGAGGAUAUUGAUGAGGAAGUCACUGGCAUUAUUGAUAAGAGUGGAAAUGGUUCACAUGAUCAACAGCCUCAAUCAGUUAUUCUUGCAAAAUGGUUAUAUGAACCUGAGGAAGCAGAUAGAUUAAGUUCUUCCCAUUUCAGAAAAGUUUUUCAGUGUUCUUGUGGCAAGCUAGAAAAAUCACUAGGAUAUAGUUACAUCGAGAUAUCCAUACAGGGAGAGUCCUUUAUGUUGCAUCAGAUAAGAAAAAUGCUUGGGACAGCUGUGGCGGUAAAACGCAGGUUACUCCCCAGAGACAUUCUAAUGCUUUCUCUCACAAAGUUCUCCCGGAUUAUUCUGCCACUUGCACCAUCAGAAGUUUUGAUAUUAAGGGGAAACAAAUUCGCUGUAAGAAAAAGACCAGGAUACACAAGGCCGGAAAUGCUGAAAUUAGUUCAAUCGGAACAAAUCAAUAAGGAAGUUGAAGAAUUCUAUACAUCAGUUAUGUUACCUGCAGUCUCCAAAUUUUUGGACCCGUCAAAACCUCCUUGGAAAGAAUGGGUUGAGUUAUUGGAUGCUAACACAGGCAUACCGAACAAUCAGUUGGACAACGUCAGGAAUGGUUGGAAAUCGUGGAAAGAAAAAUUAGAAAGUAAAAGAGCUUAAGCUUAAGAUGUAAAGAUCCAUGGCUUCCUCUGCUACCAGCACGCCUGAAGCUACCAACAAUUCUAAUACAUCAAACACUACUUCUCUCAACAACCGUUUAAUCAAAUUGGGGACAAGCUCGGUGAAAACAACCGCUGGACAUGGCAACAGCAAUCCUUUGCUGCAUUCGUGGCCAAGAUUUGGAGGAUCAUCUCUAUUCUGUUAAGUUUCCCUCACAGUUUGCUUCUGAACAAGAUCGUCUCGCAGGUAUUGAAUCUUCCAAGUACAAACUAUGGAGACGAGAGGGUUACAAUUUAUUCUCUGGUUACUAGCCGCCAUGGAUCCUGUGUUCAAGAAAAAGAUGGUUGGUUGUAAUUUCAGCCAUGAAAUUUGGAUGAAGAUUGAGGAUUAUUUCUCAAAAUCAAUAAAAUGUAAAAUCAAGCAACUCAAAUCUCAAUUGAAGUUUAUCAAGAGGGUCUUUCAGCUUCAGAGUACAUUUUCAAGGACAAUGCUGGAUCAAAUAGCAAUGUUGUGAAGAAUUUGGCUUAAAUGGAUGGCCAUUGAAUAGUUGAAUACCCAUGAAAAUGAUUCCUCAGAAAUCCAUCAAGUGCCAUAUGACAAUUUCAUGGGCUAGUUAAAGAAACAUCAAUUCAGGUUCCACAAGCUGCUUCAAUAAUUUAUAUCUUUUAUUGGAGAUGGGGGAGGCUUCUGGUUGCUCUCAGCCACAAUGAUAACAUGGCACAAUAUCAAUUCUGUAUAUAUAUUUUCGUUCAUGUAUGUUUCUAAAUAUUUUGUCUUUGAUUAGAGAGUUCAGUUAUUUUUAAGUAAAUGGCUAAAUUUGAUAUAAAUUCUGUUGAUGUAUUUUCGUUCAGAA